UACUACUGAAGUGCAACGACAUUGCCACAUUGGGAUGCCUCGCCGCCGCUUCUAGGUCUUCUUCUCGGUGACCGGCGAGGCAGCCGGCGCGGCUUUGCCGGCGAGGGCUAUAGGUUGCCGGCACGUGCGACCUGCUCCGUAGCGAGCGCACGGGGGGCUGCCGUGACUGAGCAGCCGCACCGCGCGGCAAUUAAUGCUUCGUGCCUCCCAGUGAGCUGCCUUGAUCGAUUUUUACUUCUUUGUCAUUUCGAUGUUUCUGUUCGGGUAAUCCAAUCCCCAUGUUCUGCUCUUGCCGGCGAAUCCCCUUCUCUUCGCGGAUUGCAGGCUGACACCCUCUCCGCAGCUUCACCCGAGAUGGAGGAUCUCCCCAUGGGGCGGCGGAACCCGGCGGCCAGCCUCACCGACGACCUCGUCGUCGAGAUCCUCCGCCGCCUCCCCGUCCGCUCCGUGUGCCGCUUCAAGCGCGUCUGCCGGUCCUGGCGCAACCUCAUCGCCGACCGUGAGCACCGCAAGAAGCUGCCGCAGACGCUGUCCGGCUUCUUCUACAAAAGCAUCAGCGGCGAGCGCUGCCCUUGCUCGGCGCACCACUUCACCAACGUCUCCGGGAAAGGGGUGCCUCUCAUCUACCCGUCAUUCUCCUUCCUGCCCCAGUGCGACACGGUCGUCCCCUUGGACUGCUGCAAUGGCCUCCUCCUCUGCCGCUGCUUCCAGCCCGGGCCUAACAACAGCGAUGAUGAGAUUGAGCCGUUCCAUUAUGCCGUGUGCAAUCCUGCGACCAAGGAAUGGGUGAUGUUGCCGGAUGCCGACUGGGCUAAUGGCGAGACCCGCAUUGCCUGCCUGUGUUUCGACCCAGCAAUCUCCUCGCAUUUCCAUGUUCUUGAGUAUGUGGAGGCUGAAUAUGAAGAUGUCACGGGGGUUGAGAUCUACUCUUCCGAAACUGGGUUGUGGACUCUUCAUGUGAGUGGAUGGGGCGAUGAUGUGUUUCUAAGGCAUUGGGCCAAUCCGAGAAGUGUUUUCCUUAAUGGUUUUCUGCAUUCUGCUACGUGUGCUGCUGAGAUUGCGGUGGUUGACAUGGAGGGGAAGAAAUGGAGGACCAUUGCUAUGCCGGAGCCUGAAGGUGAUACUGGCAUAAUUCAUCAAACUCAGGGUCGCCUAUGUGCUUUUAAUGUUGAUCCAGAUGACAUCUUCAAACUGUCAAUUUGGAUUCUUGAAGAUUAUGAUACAGAUAAUUGGAUAUUAAAGCACACCGUUAGCUCCUUGAGGCUGUUUGGAGGGAAGAAAUAUCAGUUUGGAUUUGACUACCAAAUAAUUGUGGUUCAUCCAGAAUGUAAUUUGAUAUUCUUUGUUUAUGGAUGGGACAAAACGUUGAUGGCAUAUGAAAUGGAUCGCAAGGAAGUGCGUGUUAUACGCAAUCUUGGACAUGACUCCUCGGAUCCAUAUCUACCGUAUGUUCCACUCUUUUAUGAGUCAUUUGCAGAUGGGCGCUAACAUGCAGAGCGUCGGCUCCACUUUUACUACUGCGAAAACAUCCUUUUGCACUAGGAGAACCAAGCUUAGAGUGGGCAGAAAGCCAUUCUCUAGUACAAGGAUUUAGCAAGGUCUGUUUUAUUGUACUUGAAUUAAGAAGUCAGAUGGUAGUACUAGUACUAUGUAGAUUGUCUUUUGGAAGGUUUGUCCUGUUACUCUGAAGGUUGUCUUGUUUUAUUCUACUGGUGUUUACCCUAUUAUAGUGAAGCUUUGAUGUAAUAUGCUAACACUGAAAGGUCUUUUGACUGUAUCAGCACAAUCUGUUUAGGGUACUGUGACAGUGUGACUAAUGUUUUGAAUGUUGGAGCACACCACAUAUGUACUUCCUGUUUUCAUCAUUCUUUUUAUUUUUUUAUUCUUUUCUUUAGUGCUUC